GGGCGGGGCGGGGCGGGGCGGGGCGGGGCCGAGGCCGAGGAGGCGAGCCGGGCGGGAGGAGUCCUUGCCUUUGCCGCCGCCGCUGCCGCCGCCGCCAGCGGGAUUCUCUGAAACCCUCUGGAUUCUUCUGUGUCGGAACUGUUGCCAUGGAGACCUCCUGAAAUGCUACCUGGACCAGUGGCUUCCAAUUUAACUUCCAGAGAGAGAUCCCACACCCUAUGGACCCACAGGCUGGUUUUUCCGGUUUGCUAAACCCCCCCCACCCCGGGGCAAUUUGCAUAUUUCUCCAAGAACCUUCAAGCAGCUGAACAGCCUGUUUUCAGACUUAGAGAAGGGAGGCCCGCAACUGUUUCCUGAAAUCUGGGUUUGGAAAUGGCCACACCGGAAAGAUUGAGCCAGAGGCUGCCUCUAGUACCCGAGCCAGCUGUGGAGGGGGAGUCGCCUCUGCCCACGGGCCGCGAGCUGGCCGAGGCCAACCGCUUUGCCUAUGCCGCCCUCUGUGGCGUCUCCCUGUCCCAGCUCUUUCCAGAACCUGAGCAUAGCUCCUUCUGCGCAGAGUUCGUGGCGGGCCUCGUGAAGUGGCUGGAGUUGCCCGAAGCCGUCUUGCCAACCAUGACUGCUUUCGCCAAAGGCCUGGGAGGCGAAGGCGCAGACAUGUUUGCUCCGAUUUUAUUGAAGGACCCCAUCUUGAAGGAUGACCCACUGGUGAUCGUUCAGGACCUUCUGAGCUUCUCACUCAAGGAUGGGCGCUAUGAUGCGCGGGCCCGAGUCCUCAUUUGCCACAUGACCUCCGUCUUCCGAGUGCCCUUGGGGGAGCUGGAUCUCCUUGAAGAGACAUUCCUUGAGAGCCUGAAGGAAACCAAAGAGGAGGAGUCUGAAACUGCUGAGGCAUCCCGGAAGAAGAAAGAAAACCGGAGGAAAUGGAAACGCUAUCUCCUGAUUGGCCUGGCAACUGUCGGGGGCGGGACUGUGAUCGGCGUGACCGGGGGUCUGGCUGCCCCCCUCGUGGCCGCUGGCGCUGCCACCAUCAUUGGCAGUGCUGGGGCAGCGGCUCUGGGCUCGGUGGCGGGCAUCGCCGUCAUGACCUCGCUGUUCGGGGCGGCUGGAGCUGGCCUGACAGGAUAUAAGAUGAAGAAGCGUGUCGGGGCCAUCGAAGAGUUCACGUUUCUGCCUCUCACGGAAGGCCGGCAGCUGCACAUCACCAUUGCCAUCACAGGAUGGCUGGCAUCCGGCAAAUACCGCACCUUCAGCGCCCCGUGGGCGGCCCUGGCCCACAGCCGCGAGCAGUACUGCCUGGCCUGGGAAGCCAAGUACCUGAUGGAGCUCGGCAAUGCCCUGGAGACCAUCCUCAGCGGUCUUGCCAACAUGGUGGCCCAGGAGGCCCUGAAGUACACGGUGUUGUCUGGCAUCGUGGCUGCCCUGACCUGGCCAGCCUCACUCCUCGCUGUGGCCAACGUCAUCGACAACCCCUGGGGUGUGUGUCUCCACCGGUCAGCAGAGGUUGGCAAGCACCUGGCCCACAUCCUACUCUCCCGGCAGCAGGGCCAGAGACCCGUCACCUUGAUUGGCUUUAGCCUGGGAGCCAGGGUCAUCUACUUCUGUCUGCAAGAGAUGGCUCAGGAGAAAGCAUCUACUACAGCAGCCAGCGUCCUCUUCUGACCCCAGAUUUCCUUCCUGGACCAUCCUAUUCCCAGGACUGGGCAGGUGGCCAUGACCUGUGGUAGAGGGGUCUACCUUGGGUGGGUCUAAAGUAAUUCUCGCCGACUUCCCUCAGCUAACACCUGUGCGUUCCUGAGAGCCUCGAACGUGGCUUGUGUCCGGGUUUGCAGCCUCGCAGACAGCAAACCUUUAAGGCACGUGUCUGAGCGUGGCCAACCUUGGCCUGAUGACCCAGGGCCAGCCAGGCGACAUUGAUGGGUACAUGUGUUUCCAGCUCACUGCCCACCCUGACUUGAUUUGGUUGGGUUCUGGACUGUUUUGUGAGGUUCAACUGCUGGUGUCAGUUCAAGGUCACCGGCAACUACCUUUUUUGGCUUUUCCUAACAGCCAGGAUCCAACCCAUCCAGAAUGCUGCGUUACCACCGCUGGCCACAAGGGGCCCUCGCCCCCCAGAGAAGGCCAGACUCUGGGGAGGCCUUGAGCAGGAGCUUUGAGCCGCUGGCCCCCAGAGAAAGCUGAUCAUCUCAGCUGACUCACAGGGUCAACAACCGUUUGGCACUCUGGGAACAGUGAUGACCCACACGUGACCCCGGUGCUGUGUGUUGUUAGUGCAAACAACAGAGAGCAUGGCCCCAAGGACCCAGCCACUUCUGUCCAAGCAGUCUGGGCUCUGGGCUCAGCUUCAUUCCCACUACCUGGGUGACCUUGGACUUCUCCCAUCCCCCUCUGAGAACCAGUUUCCCUACCUGCCAAGAGACAGGGUUAGGAUAAAACCCCAUUCUCCACAGCCCUUCUCUCAAGGGUCCCCUGAGUCUUCCUUGCUGUUCAGCACACACUGCCGACUUCCUGAAGUUUCAAGUCCUUCUGCCAGGUUAUCGUCUCCCUGGAAGCAAAAGGAGUGAAAUCAGAAUUCUGUGCCAGGGCAUCUCUCGAGAUCAGAGACAAGGGAGCAUUCAGAACAUGUGAUACGGUAGGGGUUCCUGGACACCUGUUAGCCUAGAACCCUUUACUCAGACCAGCGCUGAGCUGGAAUCCCAGACGGAGAAUAGUUAGAAUCACUCUGGUUGGAAAUGGGAGCCCAGAGAGAGGAAGCCACCAGGCCUGCGUCCGUGAACAAGAUAAGAGUGGCAGACAGGGCAGAGUGGUCCCUCUUGGGCAUAUCCCCCAGGAGUGACACUGAGCAUGCUGCUUCCCGGGACAUGCAGACACUCAGAAGCAUAAGAAAGAGCCACCUUUGGGGAGGCGGGGGUGCAGGGCAGAGGGCGGCCACACUCACUUCCGCUGUGCUUCCCCUGUGCUGGGUGGUUCCCACGCUGUGACUUGAUUCUCAUAAAGACCCUCGAGGCCAGUGGCAUCACCCCCUUGUGGACUCAGAGAAGUUCAGCCCCCAACUCAAGUUAUUUGAAGUCACGGCUUUACAAAGGCUUUGCGAAGACCAUAUACUAGCUUCCCUGAGGGACAGCACUUGACUUCCUCUUUGUUCAUUGAUUCAGAUCUUUCCUGAGCUCCCAGCACAGGCCAGGCACUGUUCUAGACCCGGCCGUAGAGCUGGGAUGGAGACGGCCAGAGCACCGCCCUCCCGGCACCUGGACAGACAGAAACAAGCGGUCAGGACAAGAAGAAAACACAGCCGAGCAGGGGACAGAGAGUGAUGGGGAGGGAGGAGGGACGUGUGUGCCCCCCUCCUCCGUCAGGAGCAGGGCUUCUCAAGGUGUGCUCACCCCCGUCCAACAAUUCCUGCCUUCUAGUCUGCCACGGGGGAGAAGAAAUGUGGCUUCCCUCUGUCUGUCUUUACAGGACGGACCAUCCCUGGGCCAGCCCUGGUCCGUCAAAUCGCACUUUGAGCAACCCCGCCUAAAACAUAUCUGAACCAUUUGGUCUGUGCAGCUGAUGAGUGUAUCCCCUGCCCUGGAACCUGGGCGCCCCCACCUUCCCUGCCCUCCCACCUUCCCACCACACUGCCCGGGCCCCAGGGAGCUACUGGCCUGGGCGUCUCCCUCCGGUGUGCACUGGUCCCUUCUAAAGAUGUCCCCUCCGAGUCCAUGGCUGGUCGUGAGCUUCACGGAUGCUGAGCAUUGAUCCGGGUCCCAUCUCAGGCUGUGUCACUUCCGAGCCAUGUGACCUUGACCAUGUCUGUGGUUUUCCUUAACUCUGAGUUAGAGAUGAUAGCGCUUUGCAGGACGAGAUCAGUCCCCUGGCCUGUGACUCAGUGUGUGGAAGCCCCCACUACUGCGUGAGCAUGUGUGUGUGUGAGCACGUGUGUGUGUGUGAGCACAUGGGCGUGUGACAGCCAUCUCCUCCCCCACUGUUGGAGCGUCCCUUCCAGGACCUGCUGUGGCCAUGACACUGACUGCCUUUUCUGCGUUC